CGGGGGGGGAGGAGCCUCGCGGUGGCUGUUGGGACGGGCUGUUAAGUUGCAAGAGGCGCGGAAACUCCGCUGUCGCCGUUCCGCACCUGGGGAAAAGGGGUGGCUGGGUGGCCGCCUGCAAGCCUAUAGGUGCAGCCAUGCAGGAAAGCAUCCGUUUUGCUUCUUCAGGAGAUGAUAUUAAAAUAUGGGACUCCUCAUCUAUAACAGUGGUGGAACAGUUCAACCCACAUACUUCGCAUUCAGUUAACUCACUAUGUUGGGGCAAUAAUAAUAAUUUUCUGGUCACUGCAUCUACCAUCGGUGAUAAAAUAGUUGUUUCAAGCUGUAAGGGUAAACCUGUUCCACUUUUUGAACUAGCUGAAGGGGCAAAACAGACAUGUGUGAGCCUAAAUUCCAGUUCUGUGCAUAUUGUCAGUGGAGGCCUUGAUAACACUGUUAAAAUCUGGGAUUUAAAGUCUAGAAGACUUCAUCGAUGCCUUAAGGAUCAUAAAGAUGAAGUAACUUGUGUAACAUUUAAUUGGAAUGAUUGCUACAUUGCUUCUGGAUCUAUGAGUGGUGAAAUUAUUCUACAUAAUGUUACUACCAAUUUAUCCAGCACUCCUUUUGGUCAUGGUAGCAGUCAGCCUAUUCGACACUUGAAAUAUUCUUCCUUUAAGAAGUCUCUAUUGGGCAGUGUGUCUGACAGUGGAACUGUAACGCUGUGGGAUGUAAAUAGUCAAAAUCCAUACCAUAAUUUUGAAAAUGCUCACAAAGCUCCAGCCUCAGAAAUCUGCUUUUCUCCUGUCAAUGAGUUGCUACUUGUCACCAUAGGUUUGGAUAAAAGGAUCAUUCUCUAUGACACGUCAAGUAAAAAACUACUGAGAACUCUGGUAGCUGAAUCUCCUCUGACAGCAGUAGAUUUUAUGCCCGAUGGCACUACCCUGGCUAUUGGCUCUUCCCGUGGAAAAAUUUACCAUUAUGAUCUAAGAAAGCUGACAUCACCAGUAAAAACAGUCAGUGCUCACAAAACCUCUGUGAAGUGUAUACGUCUUCAGUACAGUAGCACUUGUUCAAAGUCCAGCUUUAAUAAAUGUUCUUCAAAUAAACCAGCAUCCAAAAGAACAGAUGUUAAAGCGAGUAGUAAUGUUGGAGGAAUUCAGAAUACUGGCAUAAUCAAAAAUCUUACCUCUAACACACCAAUUACAGUUUCACCCCAGCCCAUGUCAACAAUUGAGAGUAAAGGAGCAGAUGUUGUUCAGGACAAAACAGGUUUUCCUCGUUGCGGCAGCAUGAAUGUAAUUCUAUCUAAAGAAACAGAUCAUGGGAAGAGUGUCAGUAUGACUAACUUUGAUGAUCUGGGACGAGAUAGUUUGGGUGACAUGUUCUCUCCAGUCAGAGAUGAUGUUGCAGUUUACAAAACAAAUGAAGAUCUUCCAGGAAAAGGAGAUGGUUUGGAUUUUCAGCCCUACUUUCCUGGUUUGGAUUUCCUCCCCCAGUUCAACACUGUGUUUCCCAUAAAAAGAAACACAGUAGGUGCUUGCAUGCAAGGGACACAUUCUAGCCCAUUACAUGCAUUUGUGAGCUCUCCUAUUAAAGAAGAAGACGAGCAUCCAAAUCAAGAUGCUGAAGCUACAAAAAUAAAUAUUGGAAAACAGGAAUCUAGAGAACCCUUGAAACAGCUUUCAAAAUUGAGCUCAUCGAAUGCUGAAUCUGGAAAUUCAAAUACUCCACCUUUGCCCACUGUAAUCAAGACUCCGGAAGCAAAUGAGAGACUAGGGAAGAAUAUUCAAGCACUCUUGAUGUCCGAUUCACCAGUAAAUGGUACUACCUCAGCAACUCCAAAGAUAACUUCCUCUGUCACUGCAGGAGUUGCCAGUUCAUUAUCUGAAAAAAUAGUGGACACCAUUGGAAGUAAUAGACCAAAUGCACCAUUGACAUCAGUUCAAAUUCAUUUCAUUCAAAAUAUGAUACAGGAAACACUGGAUGAUUUCAGAGAAGCAUGCCAUCGAGACAUUGUGAAUUUGCAAGUGGAGAUGAUUAAACAAUUUCAUAUGCAGUUGAAUGAAAUGCACGCCUUGCUUGGAAGAUACUCUGUAAAUGAAAGCUUAGUAGCUGAAAUUGAGAGACUACGAGAGGAAAACAAAAGACUAAGGACCCACUUCUGAAAGGUCCACACCGAGCUUAUUUUCUUGACGUGAACAUAAUGAAUUUUGUACUUUAACUUUCAAGAUGUCAUCUACCAAACACUGAAGUCGUGUAUGAAGAGCAGUAUUGUUUUCUUGAACUCGGAAAACCUCUUCUUUUAAAUAAAUGUUAUAAGACACAAUACUUAACUGUAAAAUUUUUAACAGAGGUAUAUCUGCACUAAUAACCGCUGUAAAGAAUGUGUUCAUAUCUUUAUGGUAAACUGACUUGAAAUACAUGUGUUGUCUAACAGGAAAGCUAACAGGAUAAGUAUUUUAUCAGAGCUUUAACUGUCCAUGAAGUGCCUUUUAUAAAUCAAAAGGAAACAGAACAAAUGUAUUUUCCAUAAGAAUUUUUUAUAUAUACCUACUGUCAGAACUAUGUAGACUGACGCAUUAUUUUACACUUUUGUCAGCAGCAGUUUUUUUAGCUUCAUUAUUUCGACUUUUUGUGGAAAAACUAUAUUGUUUUCAGUAUGACAUUUGGAGUUUUGUUUCUGCAUAGCUGGGAAAAACAGGGAAUCUACUAGUAAUUAUUUGAUUAACGUGCAGUUAUAGAUAACUCAAAACUUUUCCUAUAUGGAGCAAAACUUGGGUUCAGUCUUGGAAAUAUUAAUGAAUGUGAUAUCAUCCUCUUGCUUGUGGGGUUUUUUUAAAUGUUUUUUAUGAGAAAUGUGUGCUCUUCUGCCACUGAUUCUUCCUCUCCCAUUGCUCCUCCCCCCCCCCGCCGCUUAUAAAUGUUAAAUUAUAGGAUGAGUUUUUGUUAAAAUUUAGUUGUGUAAACUAGAAUCCUUUCACUUACAUAA